UCACUACACAAAGGGAACUUGUUAUUAUUAUACGGGUGUACUAUAACCUUUUAUUUUCAUGUUUCGCUAUAAUUUUAACUAAGAAACAACAAAAAUCAAAGAGAAACGCCAUUAAUGUGAACUAAAUAACAUCUUAUCGUCCUGUGGAGUGUGUAAAACAAGGAAAAGAUGUUCUGCGUCCAAGAAAAAGAACGAGCAUCGUUCUCCUCAGACAAAGAUCCGUUAAGUAUAACACAAACGGACUCCGAGGAGGACGAACCAGAAGCUAAGAGGAUAAAGUACUCCCCGUUAAACCUACAAGUCUACCAAAUACCAACGUUCAACACACCGAAAUCGUUAUCCAUAUACCCAACGAAUACGCUACCAAACUUUGUGAAUAACCCGUUAAACCUAGCCAAUCCGUUGUCUUUUGCAACGACAAGACCGCAGAAUGGGGAGGCUUUAGUUAAAAAUUUGCAUAACAGAUAUUCUUUGCCUGCUAAGUUGACUAUAACUCCGGUGGUUAACGGUGAGGUUGUGCGGUAUAAGAAAAAUGGAGAGAUUGCCAAGAAGCGUGGGCCUCCGAAGGGAUAUAAAAGGAAACCGAAGGCAGAGAAACUAGAAUUGUCGCAGAGCUUUAAUGGGAGUUUACAGUCGACAGCGCUACAGACUCAGAACACCAUACUAUCCAGUCUCCUCGCGGCGAACAAUACGACCAUCACUGGCGUCCCGGUGCCCACACCCAUACUGCCUGCUCCGGAGCCCGUGCAGGAGAUCAAGGUGCCUGAGGGUACAGAGCUGGUGGAACUACUGCUGGACCCUGAGGACUGGUUUCCGACGGAGCCUUACAAGAUGGUGUUCAGCCGCAAGAAGAACCCCAAGUGGAAAAACUUCCCCUACCAAUGUGAACACUGUUUUAAAGGUUACCGCGUAGCCUCGACUUUAAUAACUCACGCCGCGGAGCGCCACGGCUGCGUGCCGAAGGACUUCGCCAUCCCGUGCCCGUGCUGCCCGCACGUGUCCACGCGCAGGAAACACCACAAGAAGCAUCUGGAGACGCACGAGAGCCGGAGACACAGGAUAUUCUGUCUCUACUGCCUGCCUCCACACGAUCCAUCGGAGCCAUUCGUGAAAGAACCACUGAAGUAUCCCUUCGACAAAUAUCCUCAAUUCUGGUACGCAUCGGAAGAAUCACUCCGGCUACACAAAAAAAGGAAGCACCCUUACUCAGGCAUGUACAACGUUAGCUGGUUCGGAUCCUGGCGAGACACAAUCCCCAACAGCUAAGACAAGGUAUUUUAGUAGCUUUUUUAACACCACACUGGCAACACUCAGUAUUUUUUUUUAUACAAUAUACAAUUUAGUAGUUUCUAAUUUUUUACAACUGGCAACUUUUGUGUUUGUGUUUUUAUUUUUUAGAACAGUGUUUCUGUUUUUUUGUUUUUGUAUGUUGUAUGUAAUUUUAGUUUUUAAGGAUGGCAAUAUACUGUGGUAGUGUGGUAGGAUUUUUGUGAUCGAUAUAAAAAUUGUAAUUCCAAAAGUUAAGUGAUAUCAUUAUUAUUAUGGUAACAUUGUAUUUGUAAUUCGUUUUGUGUUGGCGACAUUAAUUUUUAGAACUUUAUAAUUAUAUGAUUUUUAUAAAAGACUGCUGAUAGGGUAUGAUAAAUAAUUUUUAUGUUUUGUCCAUCAAAUUAGAUAUUAAAAUAUUUAAGGCAACUGCAAAUAGGCUCACCACCUAUUACAUGGGACUUAUAACACAAAUGGUGAAAUGUGGGUGUACAUUGUAUAGUGGUAUUACGUGCCGUAAUGUGCACCUCUGCCUACCCCUUCGGAGAUAAAAGGCGUGACGUUGCAUAUUAAGUCAACUGCGCUCAAAACUCCUCAUAUUUACUCAGUUAUGAGUACCAAUACAGCUUUGAAAAUAGUCGAGCAUUUCUCGAAAAGUUCAGCCGUAUAUUUAAAUUUAUAUAAUAUUUCAAUUCAAUCGAGACCAUAAUGGCCGUUUUUAAUAUUAAUUAUCUAACUGAUGGACAAAAAUAUUAAAAAUUUAUCGUAAUCUUAUCCUUAAUUAAAAUAACCUAUCAUUUUAAAACUGCUAAACGAAUUUCGACCUUGCGACUAUGAUUUUUAUAGCUGAUUUUUUAAUAAUGAUAAUAUUUUAUGUUGCUAGACAAUUUCCAGCUUUAAUAUACAAUGAUUUUAUGAUUGAUUUUUGAAUAAUAUUGCAUGAUAAUAAAUUUUCUGACAUAAUAAUUGAUUUUAUUACGUGAAAGAUAUCUUCGUCUCUAUACGUAUUUUAAAAACUUCAAAAAGGAAUAAAAAUUAUCCUUUUAAAUUCUCAUUUCAACGUCGAAUAUUAAAACUAACAAAAAAAAACCCCCAACAAUUCGUGUUCAUUUUUUCACUAUGGCAACCCUUUACAUAUAUUUUAAUGAAUGUUGCCAACAUCUAGGCCAGUUUAUCGGUAAUGUUUAUAUUAUACAUACAUAUAAAACUAAAUGUAUUGACGUAGUAUUAUUUUGUAUGGCUCUAUUUAUCCGUAUGUGCGUUGUAAUCUAGGAAACUAAUGCAUUUACUAUUACGUAACUUAGACAGCUAUCAUAGAUUUUAAAAAAUAAUUUAAGGUAAAUGUACCAGUUAUUGCCUGUGGAGAUUUUAUUUUACUCAAAAACGCCGGCAACGCACUUGUAACAUGGUAGAUAUCCCACCCACUCGCACGAAGCGCUUCGCUUCAAGCUUCCUUGUGCGAACUGCUAGGGAGUGGAACUCCUUGCCGGAGUCUGUGUUUCGGAUCAUAAUCUACCCCUGAUGCAAAUUUCAUCUCGAUCCCUUAAACCGUUUUGACGUGAUUGAGUUACAAACAAACAAACAGACAGACAACUUUCGCAUCAAUAAUAUUAGUAAGAUCCUGAUUUUCUAUCUAAAUUUUACAUGAAAAAACCAUUCUUUGUUUUACAUGUAAAGCCUUCCCUUUUUUAACCAGACGCCAACGUCAUUGAUUGGAUGAUUUUCUCCUGUAUUAAGCUUUAAGUAAUUUUGAAAAUAUUAAAAAAAAACAUUACCCCACACUAGCAUUUUCCCCUGUAUCGUGCGUGCGUUUACAAACAUACAAGUUCACAUACACAUCACACCCAGACCCGAAACAACAAUUUGUGGAUCACACAAACAGUUGCUUUGCGGGAAUCGAAAGUUGCCUCAGAUUUUUUUUUUUUUUUUUUUUGUGGGGUAAAUCAUCCAAUGACUUCUGAAUGUCAGACUCUUACUGACUAAAAACCACCCCGUUCCUUCUCCUGCUUUUCGAGCCGGAGCCCCGGUAAACCCGCUAGGUAGUCCGCCGUCAAUAUAGUAUCUGGUACAUUUACCUUAAAAAAAUAUUCAUUAGUGCCUUCAGAGAACGGCUACGGUAUCUUUAUAGUUUUUAACUUGUUUUAUAGUUCACCUAAGUUUCAUAAUUCACGCCUAAAUUACCCGAAGAGGUGGGCAGAGAACCACUAUUUGAUUACGCUAAUAUUUUGGAGAAAAGGGCUCAAAAAUGAUGGCGGAAUUAGAAUGUUCAAAGAGCCAUGCUUCAAUUCGACCGGAGUGAUACCACGGCCUCACAGAAAACCGACGUGAAACAACGUUUGCGUUGUGUGAGUGAGGUUACCGGAGACCCAAUUACCCCUUCCCCAGAGUGAUACCACGGCCUUAAUAAAAACCGACGUGGAACAACGCUUGCGUUGUGUGAGUGAGGUUACCGGAGGCCCACCUUUCCAAUCCCUGAUUCCCCAACAACCCUCAAAUUCCUAACCCCCAAAAGGUCGGCAACGCAUUUGAAUUUAACUACACAGUAAAAUAUUCGAAAAACCUCACCCUGACCAUUUUCGGGUAUUAAAGGUAAGCGUCCACAGGCCCGCAUCGCACGCAUUCCGUAUGACGUCAUCAGCACGCAUCGCAUGUAGGCAUUGCUGAUGAUGCGGUCCGUACGAUGCGGAUCAGUGGACGUAGUUGUAUGAGUUUCUAUACAAGACAAACUAAAAUCCGUUGCGUGCGAUGCGGGCCUGUGGAUGCCUAACUAAAAAAUGCGUGGUUUUGACGUUAUAAAAACUUAAGUGAACUAUAAACAAAUUAUGGGUUUAAACACCCAAUCCGCCUGUCCACACCUUUUUCUUAGAUUAAGCGUGAUUAUGCACCACUGUAUAACGUAUUUUUAUAUAAAUAUAGACAUUUUAGACAAACUUAAUAAAAAAAACAAGAAAAAAACUACAGAAUAUUGUACAAAAUAUAUAACCUAGUAUUUUUGUAGCUAAACAGUUAAUUUGUUUGCGUACGAAAUAUAAAAAAAAUAGAAUAGUCUCGCAUUAGCAUUGCAGUCUCACAGUGACAUUAUUAUUGUCUCACAAUGUCGCUACAAUAAUUUCAUGUUGACAUUAGAUUCAAAUCUUUUACAAUAACAUCACAUUCUUUCACAUUCAACUUUCAGUGAGGACAAUAGUCUCUAAGUAACAUAGCAGUCUUGCAGUAACAAAUUAUUGUGCUACUACAUUGAGACUGUGAUGUGCAGUCUUAAAUGUCACCACAGUUUCACAACAACAUCACAAGAAUUUCACACGGACAUCACAGUAGGCUCAUACUGACAUCUACACAGUCUCAAACUGACAUCAAAAAGUAUUUUAUUAAAAAUACAGUAGUCUCUCAAUGUCUCCUCACAAAAGUCUUAAAAAUCAUCCCACUAUGUCACUUAGAGACAGGUAAUAUUCGUACGCAAACAAAUUAAAUUGACGCAUUUAUUAGUAGUAGAUGGUGUAAGCACAGUUAGAUCGAUUCGGGAUUAAAGUUACUGACUAGUACUGUUGUAGAAAGGCGUGAAGUUAGUUAAAGAGGUGUUUGGGAGAGAGAGGGUUUGAUACCCAGACCGUUAUUAUGUAGGCUUUUCCAUUUAAGUGGAUCUAAUGGAAAAAAGGGUAGCUUUUUUAAGGGGGAAAGUCAACCAAUGACUUCUGCGGCCUUGGGCGAGGCAUGAGGGAGUGUCAGACUUUUACUGACUAAACACCACCCUGUUCCUUCUGGUUUUCGAGCCGGAGCACCGGUAAACUAGCUAGGUAGUCCACAGCUCCGGAUCAGGCAUUAGCCCUUCUGGGCCCCAUCUGUGGUGCUGAGCAUCAUCUGUAGUGAUGAAGUUAAAAUUUGCGUCAGGUCUACCAAUAGACUCACCCCCUAUUCCAUGGGACUCAUAACAUAACUAGUGAAAAGUGGGUAUUACAUUGUAUUAUGUGCACCUCUGUCUACCCCUUCAGUGCCAUUAUACACUGAAAAAGAGCUAAUUUCCACUUAAUAAUCACCCUUUAUCUAUCAUCACACCUUUCUACAACAUUCUGUAUGUAUAACCAACCUAGAAUCGAACCCCCUAUCACAAUACAGACCAAAAUAAUAAACAGUAUUAGCAUAGAACUUAAGUUAUAAUUAGUUUUUAAAAUUGUAUAUUUUGUAACCCAAGUGUCAAAGUUAAGCAACGUUAGGAAAUGGAUGGGUGGCUUUAGCAAAGGAUUUUGCAGCAGGAUGGUAUAAACAGUAACUUUAGUACGAGUUUGCUUUAAGUUGAACGAAAACGCAAGUAAGCGUCCACAGACCCGCAUCGUACGCAUCACACGCAUCGGACGGAUCGUAUCAAACGGAUUCCGUAUGAGGUCAUCAGUACGCAUCGCAGGUAUUGCCGAUGAUGCGGUCCGUACGAUGCGGAUCAGUGGACGCAGUUGUAUGAGUUUCUAUACAAGACAAACUAAAAUCCGUUGCGUGCGAUGCGUACGAUGCGGGUCUGUGGACGCGUACUUUACAACGUAAAUCAAACUCGUUCUAAGAAUACAGAAGGCAGCUCUUCCUAAUUAUUUAUAAUAAGCAAUAUUUAUAUGUAUAAAAUAUUAAAAACAUACAUACUACAGAAUCUAGGUAUUAAAUGCGUACCUAGAUGUCUAGGGUACAUAGGACUUGUAAUUACAGGUAUAGAGAAUAAACUAGGAUACCUAACUUUAUCAUUAACAUGGGAUCUAAAGAGUAAGUGUGGGAGAGCCAUGCUUCGGCGCGAAUGGGCCGGCUCGACCGGAGUGAUACCACGGCCGAGCAGAAAACCGACGUGAAACAACGCUUGCGUUGUGUGAGUGAGGUUACCGGAGGCCCAAUUACACCCCUUCCCAAUCUUCCCAAUCCCCGACAACCCUUAAAUUCCUAACUCCCAAAAGGCCGGCAACGCACUUGUAACGCCUCUGGUGUUUCAAGUGUCUAUGGGCGGCGGCGAUUGCUUACCAUCAGGUGAUCCGUCUGCUCGUUUACCGGCUUAUACCAUAAAAAAGCACGCUCUUGUUUUGAUCUCGUCAAAUGUAAAGCAAACUCAUACUUAAAGUACAGAAGGCAGCUCUUCCUAUUUAUUUAUAAUAAGCAAUAUUUAUCUAUAUAAUAUUAAAGACAUACUACAGAAUCUAGGUAUUAAAUGCGUACCUAGAUGUCUAGGGUACAUAGGACUUGUAAUUACAGGUAUAGAGAAUAAACUAGGAUACCUAACAUUAGCUAGAUCAACACGGAGUCUAAAGAGUAAGUGUGGGAGAGCCAUGCUUCGGCACUGCUGGGCCGGCUCGACCGGAGUGAUACCACGGCCGAGCAGAAAACCGAUGUGAAACAACGCUUGCGUUGUGUGAGUGAGGUUACCGGAGGCUCAAUUACACCCCUUCCCAAUCUUCCCAAUCCCCCAACAACCCUUAAAUUCCUAACCCCAAAAUCAACGCACUUGUAACGCCUCUGGUGUUUCAAGUGUCCAUGGGCGGCGGCGAUUGCUUACAAUCAGGUGAUCCAUCUGCUCGUUUACCGGCUUAUACCAUAAAAAAUGUCGACCUAAUAAAAGAGUAUCUUUUUAGUUUAUUCUCUAUACAAAAGACUAGUGCGUACUUGUGCCUCUAUAUUUAAAAAAAAAGUAGCCUUUUAUAAAUAGCCUUUUUUGGUUCAUAGAAUAAGUAAAAUAUUACAUGAAGUACUGAUAGACGAAAAUAGUGCUUAUGAGGUAGCUUUACGACUUAUUAUCCAAUAACAAUAAGCCUAGAUGCGUAUUUUAUAAUAUACUUAGAUCGGUUUCAAAUAUGUAACAGUAUUUUCGUAUUCUCGACUGUUUUAGUACAAGAUAGUACGUACAGUGUAUUACUAGUUUAAGAUCUAUUUAAAAAACUGUCAAAUUUAUUUAGGGUGACUGGUAAUCAGUGAACGUUAUUUAAACACGUGAUUGUACUCAUGAUUACAAACAACUUUCCCGAAGAAACUUUUUUUGUAUACUCAUUAGUUUUAUUUUUAUCACAAUAACAAAUUAUCACGCGCGCGUUUUUUCGUAUGAUCAGCUGUUAGCAGCGAGGCACCACCUGUAUUUAGGAACUUAACGCGUGCGUGCUAACGAAAUUUUGUUGUAUUGUUAUUGUGAUAAAAAUAAAACCAAUGAGUAUACAAAAAAAAAAAAAUCUUCGGGAAAGUUGUUUGUAAUCAUGAGUACAAUCACGUGUUAAAAUAUCGUUCACUAAUUACCAGUCACCCUAUAUACAGUACUCUCAAAAAAAUAUCUAAAUAUCUUACUGUGGUACUCAGAGACAUUUAAUGAUUACUUAAACUAUUCCUUAGUAACGAUUUUUGUUCUCAAACAAUUGCUAAGGACUGGGUUAAGUAACCAUUAAAUUACUCUAAGUACGGUGUUUAGUUUGGCAGCUAAAGAUAUGUGUCCACAGGCCCGCAUCGAAAGAGUAAAUGUUCAUUUUCGAGUUUCCCAAAGAUUUUAUUAUAACUUUCAUGAGACAUACUAAAUUAAUUAUUAUGUUAUCGGCUUACUCACGUAACUGUUUGACGAGGAACUCGACUAGUUUCAAGCCAUGCUAGAGGCUCAUAUUCAUGAGCAGUAUUCCGCGAUACGACGCGGCGAUUGUCGCGCUGCUACUGAAACUAUUCGAGUUCCUCGUCAAACAGUUACGUGAGUAAGCCCAUAACAUAAUAAUUAAUUACCAAAAUACUUUCACUAAUACUAUAACUACCUUUUUUCUUGAUCUUGCAUUUAUACCCUUUCUAUUCAAACUUUGGAAAAUUCAAAAUGACAAUUUGCUACGCCAGUGACAUCUACCGAUGUCGAAUUUUCUCAGGAACUUUUUUGGUUCGACGGUAAAACCUACCCACCACAUUAAUGAUGACAUUAGAAUGAGAUAUACCUUUUUUUUAAUGUGUAAAAUUAUACUUAGAAUGUAGUGAAUAUGUAAUUUUAGUAAAGGAUCCCACUGAUAAUAAAUAAUAGUUUUAUUUUGUGAAACAAGUAGACAUUUUAGUACGGGUGGUCAAAUACUCCGAUUUCUAGUUUUUAAGGAACAAUUUUAAUUUGUAAAAAUUAUACUUAAUACCAACAUAAUAAUUGAUAAAUAGUAUUGUAAUAAUAAAAUCAAAUAAUGAAUUUUGUACAAGUGAUUUUCUGUAAAUACAUCGCAUUUUUUAUA